AUGGUUUGGACCAAGCCACGUCUGGAUUCACAACUUGCCUUCCUAAACUCCAUGGAGAACGCCGUGCUGCAUACCAGCCUUCGUGUACAGGAUGUGCUCUGCGAAGAGACGAUCCCCUCUCCGCCUCUGGCCUUUGCAAAAGUAAACAGUCCUUUCUGGCCCAAAUAUCAGUUAUUAGGAAAUCAUCUGGAAUUGUCUGCUUCACAAAGGAUUUUCAAGGAAAUCCAUGACUUAUUUAAAGAUUAUGAAAUAAAGUAUUGUUAUGUGGACAGAAAUAAAAGAACAGCAUUUGUUACUCUGUUAGAUGGAGAGCAGGCUCAAAAUGCAAUUCGGAAAUUCCACCAGUAUUCUCUUCGGGGAAAAGAAAUAUCAGUGCAACUCCAACCAACAGAUGCUUUGCUGUGCAUUACUAAUUUGCCCAUUUCGUUUACAUUGCAAGAGUUUGAAGAACUUGUGCGUGCAUAUGGCAAUGUGGAGAGGUGUUUUUUGGUCUACAAUGAAGUUACUGGCCAUUCAAAGGGCUAUGGCUUUGUGGAAUAUAUGAAGAAGGACUCUGCUGCAAAGGCGAGGCUGGAACUGCUGGGGAAGCAAUUAGACGAGAACACGCUCUUUGCACAGUGGAUGGAUGUUAAUCAGCUGACCCCAAAUCUUAUUCACUCUAAGUGCCUUUGUGUAGAUAAAUUUCAGAAAGACUACGCUGAUUCAAAAGAACUGAUGCAGACUUUCUCACUAAAGUAUAAACCUGUAUUCUGCCAGUUUGCUCAGGAUGAAGAUAGUUAUAUUGGUGACUUUGCAGUGGUGGAGUACGAAACUGCAGAGCAGGCUGAGAAAGUGCAAGAACUCACAGAUGGCAUGACCGUCAGGGGGAGGAGAGUCCAGGUGUCGUACUGUGCCCCAGGAGCACCGGGCAGAAGCACGCUAGCAGCACUGAUAGCGGCGCAGAGGAUGAUGAGGAACAACAGGAAAGGAUUGCUUCCAGAACCGAAUCCAGUGCAGAUUAUGAAAAGUUUUAGUAACCCAGCAAUGUUGCAAAUGUUAAUGCAGCCCCAGUUGCGUGGACCUACUGUUAAACCUGUUCUUGGAGCGUCUGCAGGUUUACCUCACCUUAUAAAUACAGCAGUUGGCCCAGCUUUUUUGCAGUUGAAUAAAGUUCAUCAGAAUUCAGUUCUGGGGAGUACAUCUAACUUACUGCUGCAGAGCCCUCCUCACCUGUCAUUGCCGCAGCAGCAGCUCGUGAAGAUUGAGAACAUUCAGGCUAAUAGUAAACCAGGUUUGCUGGGAGAACCUCCAACAAUGCUGCUUCAGACAGUACUGGGAAUAGGGGUGAUGCCAUCUGUGAGUUCGGGCAUGGGAACCCGUGGAGAAGCUCAUAAGUCAGCCGCAGCAGCAGCGGGGAUGGGCAUGUUGCCAUUCUUUCCAAACCAGCACGUUGUUGGACAAGCUCUACCAGGGCAAAACAACACUCCGGAUAAACAAUCCGCUACCGAAGCGGUCAUCUCAGCGGCGCAGCCCUACCAUCAGACCUUCACAAGUCUGUCUGCGGGAGCCUUGCGGGCCGGACAUGCCAAACAACAAAACCAGCUGAAGAGUACUGAUACAAGCCUGGGGGCUCCCUUGAAAAAACAGACCUCGCUGCUGGGAGAACCACCAAAAGAAAUACGUCUUAGUACCAACCCCUACUUGAAUUUGGCAAGUGUGUUGCCUGGUAUAUGUCUUCCAGCAAUUGCCAGCAAAACCUCUAGUCCACCGCAGCAGACUGGACUUUCGAACAACGUUUUGGAUGCUGCUGUGUCUCAGGGAGCUACAUCACAACACGGAGCGGAAAAUUAUUUUAAUUACUCUCAACAGCAUGGGGAGUACACACAGGAGGCUGUUCAGCAGUGGUAUCAGCAUUAUGCUCAGGCAUAUAACACUACCCAGGCCAGAGUUGAUGACUUUGAAACUGAAGCCUCUGAGGUGGCUCCAAGCAGAAGCGAAAAACGAGGCUCUUCGUACCUCAUUUCCUCGCCAGACCCUGGCCCGGUGGAGUACAUGGGCCAGCAGAUUCAGGGCUCAGCAGUACGUUACGCAGAAGCCUCUCUUAAAAAAAAGCGUGUUUAUUGAAAUUGAAUCCAUCAGUCCUGCCUUAAGGCGUCAAGGCCGUCGUUUCAUACCUCUGCUCUGUAUUGCUGCCUUAGCUUCAGACAAUGCUUCUUUCAGUGCGGGUUAUAAAUAUCCCGAGGAACAAUCCUGUACAGCAGGCAGAUUUGCCAAGUAAACUGUGUGCAUUGAUAAGACAUUAGCCGGGUCGCGGUAGCAUGACUUGGCCUUCCUUAAGGCUGGGCCGCUAUUGCUGUUGUUGUGUAACCGCCGACAUACAUCAACAGUGGUUGGAAGCUCAGAGAGAAAAGUAACUUGGUGAUUUCUUGUUUAGUAACUUACCAGCGAAAAGCAGUAAAAAUACUGAGGAUGGCCCUCGGCUCCUUGCCCUCAUUUUCAGGCCGAGGAAGUUAGUUAAAAAAAUGAUGAAGUCUUAGUAGUAAUUUUUGAGGUUUUUUUUUUUUUUUCCUUAAACGCAAUUUUUUUUUUCCAGUCUUGCUUUUUCCAGGAUUAAAAGAAAGACCUCUGCAUUUACAGCCUUUAUAGUUUUAAUAUUUCUUCUUAAUCCUGGAAUGAAGCGCAACCAAAUGUAUUACCAGGGCUCUGUGAUGUUUUCAAUAAAUGUUUGUUUGUUAAAAGUAAAGUAAGAUACUAUACGGUGUGCUGUCUUGCAAUAUUAACUCUGCUUUGAACAGCUAGAUGGUAUUUGGACUGAAGAGUAAUCAAUCAUCUUUCUUUGGCUGCACUUAGGCGAGACUCUACAGCCUUUAUUUGGAGUAAGUACCUUACAGGUUGUGAAUGCGUCUGCGUAUGUUGGAAAGCACUGAAUCAAAAUAAAAUAAAAUAAAAACUAAAGCUGCCUCCUAACACUCUCAAAGAAUUAAAUUGGCUGCCCUUCUGCACCGGUCCUCCUUCCCGCGGCGUGCCCAGGCAGUCGGGCCAGGUUGGUGGAACCGCGCGGGGGCGCAGUCACAGAGGUGCCACAUGGGCAUCGUGCCCCGGCGUCUUUUUUUUUUUAAAUAACUUUGAAUUUUUUUCUCUUAUUAAUCAAGCAACUGCAGCUAGAGUCUUUCUUUUCUGCUGUACGUCCUUGUAGCCGAAGACUUCGAAAGCAUUAUUUUUGGUAUCAGUGUUCCUGACAGAGAAGCUGUGAGCCAGCCUUCUGUAACGGACCCGCCUGCAGUCGCCUCCUUGGACCCUGCUGCAAAGUGAGCUGGACUUAAUUCCUCUCGCACUGAGGCCACAAGGGCUGGCUGGCUAACUUAAUUGCUGUACACAGACUACUGAAGCCAUUUUUAAAUACUGAAUUUUUAAAAAAAAGUCUUAAACUCUGCAUUUUAAGCUUUGUGAUGUGACUAAGACAUAAAUUUUUAAACUUUAAAAAGAAAGGCCCUCGCUCCUUACAGCAGCUGCUGUAUUGCCUAGACCGUAUGCGAUGCACAAACGGGCAAUAAUUCCUUAAGCUGCUGAACAGCAAUGCAUUUAUAGCUGUUGGGGUUGUCUGGGAGUCUACAGGUAUGUACUGAAAAAUUCACUUGUAAUAUUAUGAUGUUCAAACUGUUUGUAUAUGCAACUUUCUCAAAGUGUUACCCUUUUCAAUGACAAUAAAUUGCUGGUGUAUUUA